AUGGAGGGCGAUCGCAGCUAUUCAGCAUAUCGGCCACCACCAAGUAUUGCAGUUGAAGAUAAUGUCAGACUGCUGAGUAGCAAAGAUCCACUGGGAACCCAAACCACCACCACCACGGCAAUGGAGCGCGCUUCUUACUUUCGAGGGCGGCAUUCCAGAGGAAACUCCAGAGACGAACGGCUAAGAUCCAUCGACGAGAGCGAAAGCAUGCGGGCCGAUGUGUUUGAAUUGGUAGAGCCUCUAACACCGGCUAAAGCUCGUCGACCGAGCCCCGGUCCGUCCAGUGCCUCGUCAAUGUUCCGCCGAUUGACCACCAAAUACGCCCCGUUGUCGAGAUCCAACUUCCGAUCCGCCAAGCGCUCGCAUGGCCGGCAGUAUGCUACCUUGGAUGACGCCGACGCGGACCAGGUGUCGGUGGACAUUUCGUCGCUAGCAGGCAUGGGCUGGGAACUCACGGAUCUGUCGAAUGCGGACGUGGCCCUUCUUCAAGAUAGCGAGACGGCAUAUGUGCGGCCCAGUCAGAGGAGAGGGAAGCCUGAUUUCCGGUCGUUUGUCGAAAAGCGCCGUUCAGUUGGGGAAGGCAUGAGAGACAUUGGCGUCCAGCUUCGGCGGGAUCCCACCAAGGUGGGGAGAAGUUCGUCGGGAGGAGGCCCCCGGAGUGCUUACAGCACGGGUGUCGACCGAACCAAGACGGUGCGCGAUUUCGGGCAGAAUCUCGCGCAGGAGAAGAACAUGAUUGUCGAAGUCGAGGAGGUGGUCGACUUGAGUUCUUUGGAGGGUGGUCACACCGACAAUCGAGCGAGCCAGACGUUCGAAACCACGUCGGCCAGGAACAGCACCCUGCCACAACAGACCAAGAGCUACUUCUUCCCUGAGGAUCCGGAUAUCCCCAAUUGGAAGCCUCGGUCCAUGAGCAGCAUCUACAUUUUGUGUCUCAUAGUGCUUGCUUUGGGCCUGGCGGGAUUCCAGGAGUUUCUGUGUCAGCGAUCUCUCGAGAGCGUCAAACGGAACAGCGGGCUCCUUGCGUUCAAUCAUGUGGCGGAAAUAUCGACGUGGGACUUUUUCGCCUGGAAAUAUCUUCCCACCAUGGUCACCAUCGUGUAUGCCGUUCUGUUCUCCAUCAUGGACUUUGACAUUCGCCGCCUUGAACCGUUCUACCAACUUUCACGACCGCGCGGAGCCCGGGCCGCAGCGAGCUUGAACUUGGACCAUUUGACCAUGUUUCAAUAUUUUGUCCCCUUCAAGGCGUUUCGGCUCAAGCAGUGGGCCGUCUUCUUCUCCACCACAGGCAACAUUAUCGCGUCCAUGGCUGCACCGGCCUUACAGAACCCUUCCAUGACAUUUGACACCAAUCCGAAAUGCAAGGAUGGCCCUUGUGCCGAUCCCGACGAGAAGCAGUAUUGGGUUCGCGUGUCCACGGUGUGGUCUCGAUUGUUGUCGGCGAGCUACGUCGUCGUGGCCUUGAUAUUGAUCAUUCUGUUCCUCCAACUGCGCCGGAAAUCUGGCCUUCUGAGCGACCCCAAAGGCAUCGCGGGCAUUGCGUCCAUGGCGACUCGGUCGCACAUUCUUCAGGAUUUUGCCGGUCUAGACGUGGCGGACCGGAAAGAAAUCCAUAAGCGGCUGCAGCACCGGCGAUACCUGCUGUACAAAUCAUCCAUCUGGCAAGGUGAAUGGAGUGAGACCAUUGAGCCGAUCCAGGAAAGCGAGAAAAAACUGACGAGUCCGCAUCCGGUCAUGCUCCGGACCGUGGCCGCCAUUCCCUUCCUUCUAUUCAUGGGCCUCUUCCUUGUGGCAGUGCCCAUCAUCACGUUGACCAAGGCCAAUGUAAUUCCCAAUGCAGCUCCAUGGCUGCCUAUUGUUGUCGCCACAGGAUUGAAGUUGUUCUUCAGCACGUUUGAAUCGGACGUGCGGCUUAUGGAACCAUUCUAUCAGCUGUCCAAGGGCAACGCAAGACCAGAGAACAGCCUGACACUCGACUACCAGGCCACCGUGUAUGGCUGGAUGCCGUUCCGCGCGCUCUGGAAGGGACAUUAUUUAGUGGCCCUGGUCGGGUUUUCUUCAGUUGCGCUGGAUGUCCUCACGGUGACUGUCGGUUCAUUCUCUGUCAAUGCAAAGGACUUUAUGAGCCUGGGCGGUAAGGCGAAGGACGUGUCAUUCGGUGACGAGACAUUCAUCUCAUUCUGGGCCUCGCUCGUUCUGUCCUUGGUCAUUCUAGUGUUUGUUAUCUUCACGACCUCGCUGGUCUACCUGCGGCGUCGGCAUCCGUUCUUGCCCCGCGAACCAUCGACCAUUGCGGCCGUCCUGUCCUUUAUCUAUGCCAGCAACAUGCUGACCGACUUCAUUGACACUGAGCGCCUGAACAACAAGCAGAUGGAGGUGAGACUCAUGACUCUGGGCAAACGAUAUGCCCUGGGUUGGUUCCGUGGAAGAGAUGGUCAGAUCCACUGCGCCAUCGACGAGGAGCCGAUGAAGAGCAAGUAUGUGCAUGGGAAGCCGUAUACUAUGGCACAGGCCGGACCGCUGCAGCCUCAUGAAACAUUUUAUUCUGUGUAG